AUGCCAACCGAAUACGCCCUGAAAAGCAAUUACCGCGAACAAGAGGUGGCAGUCCACUCUGCGGACCUUUACCUUUUGCAAGAAUGGGAUGACGGACUUGCAAUUUCCGAUAAAGACCAGCGGUCUAAAAUUUUUAACAAGUGGCUGGAGAUUGGUUUGUCGGGCCGGAUGCCAUAUACAAAACGCCUCGAGGAGAUGCAUUCCAAUGAUGAAGACAUUGCCGAUCAUGAAAAGGAUCUUCUUAUUCGCGUCCGAGGUAUCCCUGCCCUUCAAGCUGUUGGUGAUAUGUGUAUCGUACGAACGUUCUACGGUGAUGGCUCAAAUGAGGCAUUUGACGAGAUGAUCCGUUCAACCGAUUUUAACGACCCCGCCCUCUUGGAUGAAGGAUCAAAAGACGGGUUGCAGUCACUGCAUAAUAUCCUGAUCUUGCUACCACAAAUCAUUGAAAGCUCAGAAGGUCUUAUGACUCAGUGGGCAGAUGGUAUGGUGGAAAUUAAAGAAGAGGCUAAACAGGCCGGCCUAGCAAACUUCCCUCCAGAGGAAUUUGACCAAGAGGACUUUGACCAUCAUAUGGACAUGCUUCAAUCUGCAGCCCAAUUUGGACAUGUUUUGGUCUAUGAUAAAGAGGCUCAUAAUACUGGUGGGAGCCUAAUGAUGCUCUAUUUGGACAAUCUUGGCCGAAUAAUACGCCAUUCCCGGUUAGACGGAUAUGGGGAAUUGACUGAUGUUAUGGGUCUAUUCCUCGCAAAUUGCUACGAUGAGGGGACUUUCCCGUGGGAGAAUGGGGAACCUGGUGAGCACUGGAAGCCUGAUCAGAUGGCUAAGCGAUGGGGCGAAAUUGAGCCUCUGGAGGAAGUAUAG